AUGAAUUAUAAGUUUUAUCAUAGCCUCUACGGUAAUCGGUACAAUGAUUAUAUGGGAGUAGGCAUAGCAUUGCCAGCUUCAAUGCAGUUAAUAUCUACCGAUUUUAUCAGUAUUGGAGAUUGUUUACGUUCGACUAUGGAACCACAUGAGAAACAGACUGGUUUCUUCGCAUGGUGUCAUGAUUUAUGUGAAUUUAUUCUAGCCAGAUGUAAGAAGCCUACAAUCGAUCCUUGGAAUGUCGCUAUAUGCAGAAAUAAUACGCUCAUUUGUUUACAAGUCAUAAUCGACGAUAAACCUCUAUAUAUUGGUACAUAUCACAUGCCCUGUCUCUAUAGCAUACCGGACACUAUGAUAAUACAUUCUUCGAUGGUGAAAGAUCUUAUGUUUCAAAUGGCGGCUGGUCAUCCAUUUAUUCUAGCAGGUGACUUCAAUUUCAAACCUAAUGAGAUUCCUUAUCGCGUGAUAACAGAAAAAAGUUAUCUUAACCAUGUACGAUUACCGAAUUCGAACCAAUAUGAAGUAUCUUAUCGACCGAAUGGUGAACAGAUAUUGAAAAGUGCCUACUGCGAAAAAAAUGGUACUGAGCCCAACUACACAAAUUUUGCUUCAACAUCACAAACGCCAAACUUUUGUGCUACACUUGACUACAUAUUCUUUGCUGGUAAUCUUCAUGUCAAUAAAGUGUUAGACUUGCCAGAUCAUCCAACAGGUGAAUCUUAUCCAGAUGAGACACAUCCAUCGGAUCAUUUAAUGAUCGCAGCAUCAUUUCAACUUUUGUAA